CCAGCCUUGGAUCCGCCGCGGUUGGGCUGCUGCUCUGAACCUCAGCAACUCGGCGCCGCAAAGGAAGAGCCGUGAGGAGGGAUUUGCUUUCCUGCGGCAAAACGGGCUCAAAAAAGUGCGAGCCCCGAUUUGUGAUUGCGCCGGUGUGGGCUAAAGAGAGCCUGUGUUGGUUGCGGGUGCUUUUGUCCUUUUUUUUUUUUCCAUUGGAGGCGCCUGUUUUUGUUUUUUUCCCCUCCUCCCAUUGCUUCCUCCUCCAGCUAGGACAACUGUUGAGGGUGUUCCUGCAAGGAAACCAGUUUUAUUUGUGUUUGCACGCCUACGCCUUAUUCUGAGCAACACUUUUAAGCUCUGCGUUGGUGCGGCUUAUUUUUGUCUUUCUUGAUUCCGAAAAGUCAUACAAAUUCUUAGGCUUGCUGCAGUUCGCUUAACUGAGGGUUCUAAUAAUUUUUAAAAUGGGCCGCAUCUUCUUGGAUCAUAUUGGUGGUACUCGCCUAUUCUCCUGUGCAAAUUGUGACACAAUUUUGACCAACCGUUCAGAGCUUAUAUCUACCCGUUUUACAGGAGCUACAGGACGAGCCUUUUUAUUUAACAAGGUAGUAAAUCUGCAGUACAGUGAAGUUCAAGACCGAGUUAUGCUCACUGGCCGUCAUAUGGUUCGUGAUGUGAGCUGCAAAAACUGCAACAGCAAACUUGGGUGGAUAUAUGAAUUUGCCACCGAAGACAGCCAGCGCUACAAGGAAGGCCGCGUUAUCCUGGAAAGAGCUUUAGUCCGAGAAAGCGAGGGUUUUGAGGAGCAUGUUCCGUCUGAUAACUCCUGAAUGGAAAUCUCUUCGUCUUCAGGCUUUCUUUGUUGAAACUUAAAAAAAGAAAAAUCAACAAAAAAACCCAACCCUUACUUACAUACGCUGUCACCUUAGCAUCUGCGUUGGAUUCAUGAACUACAAAGAGAGGGAAAAAGGGAACUACAGAGAGGGAAGGAGAAUUCCAUGUGGAAUGUUCCUUUUUCUUUAUUAUUUUUCUUUUUUUUAAAUCCUUUUCUCGUUAUUCAUAGAGAACGUUAUCUGGAUGCUGUAACACUUUUUCAGUCUCAGCUAUGUAAGCAUUUGAAGCUACAAAUCAUCUAAAAGGAAUUUGGAAAUUUCUUUUAUUAGAGAAAUCAGUUGUAUUUUAGUUUGUAAAGCCUGUAACAUCAUAAGGAAAUUUUAGUCUAGCUAUGCCUUUUAAUUUAUUUCUAUUUUGUCCUCAGUUUUUAUUUCAUUUUUAGCCAGAUUUUCCACCUUACUUGACUGGCUGACGAAGAGGUUCUGACCUUGUGAAGAAUGCUGAAAAGGUUUCAGUGUUUUGUCCAGUUUGUGCUGGCCGCUGAUUCAUAUUCUUGUUGGGGUUCAUUGGUAGAAUGGAAUCUAUCCUUGUCUUUCGUUGUGUAACCCAAAGUUGUUCUCAUUCCUCAUUUACCUAAGCAACACUUUUACCAUGUGGCUGAUGUUCUACUACUUGUUUAAGCAAAUAGGACAAAAGUAUGUCUCUAUUUUUCCAAACGUAACUUAAAAUAUUGAGAAAUGACACUAUUGCAUUGGUUCAAAAGUAUGUUGAUAAUUAUGGGGAUUGAGCAGUUAUCUUACUCCUUUUCCUUCUUAGUUGAUCUUAAAUAGAAACUUACUCUUAACCUUGGAGUUUAUUCCCUUUUUUCUCUUAACCUUUAGUUCUGCAUUAAAACCUGGCUAGGAAGAAAAAGGGCACGUAUACAUUCAGGCAUUUAAUCCAUGCCUGUUUAAAUAGCUUACAAUUUGUCUUCAGAUGCUGCUUCUGAUGUCAAAGCUUAGAUGCAUCUUAUCUUUGUGAUGCUGGGCCUUUACUGCUUUUACCAGCAUAGGAAGCUCAUUAGGCUGUACCUUGUAAGUGAAUGAUCUGGUGCUUCCUUUAGCAAGUUAUUUGUGUUGCAGUACUGAUUCUUCAUCAAAGCAAAUAUUUCUAUAUACUCUCCUUAGUCACGGGUGUCCAAAUGUUGCUGCUGGCAUGGCCUUCCCUCAGUAGCAUGUUUUUGGAAAUCCAAGAGCUGAAUCUUAUAGGACUAAUCACAAUUUUGUACUCUUCUUGUCAGUACUAAAUAGUUCAUAUAUAAGGACAUACAUGACGUGCUUUACUGCAAUAGAUUCCUAAGCACUCGUUAAGUUCUACCAUUGAGCAAAGAAUACAAAAGAGUAUUCCUAUAGUUCAGGGAUGUCAAACUCAUGUCAUCACGGUAUCAUCACAUAUCAGGACUUCCCCCCCCCCCUUUGCUAAACAGGCAUGGCCAGCGUGUGACACAUCCAGCCCGGGGCCAGGAGUUUGACAUCCCUGCUAUAGUUGGUGAGAUAUUGGUAAUAACUUUAAUCAUCCUAACAACACUGAUAGUGGCUGGGAUAGGAAGUGAUACCAUUGCAAGUGUCUUUAGGAAUUAUGUUCUCUAAAUAUGUCUCUUAUACAUAAGUAGCAGGCUGAAGAGGGAUGGGAUUGUGGUUAUAUUUUUUGCACUCCAGAGGUGGCACUUUGCCAUCCCUCUUAGUUUGAUCUUUUAAAAAUUUAUAUUACGCAAUUUAGAAGGACAAGAUGUACUGGUAGAUGUGUAUGCUGCAGCUAGGUUCAAUAAGAAUACUUAAAAUAGUGUAGUGAAUAGUCUUUAAUAUUGAUUUCAGUAUAUCUCCUUUAUUUUACUACUCUGGUGAUCUGUCAUUGGCAUGGUCUUUGAUGUACUCUUCAUGUGUUUUGAUGUUGCAGUACAAUAAAGUAUGUUUUGUCCUG